AUGUUGAGAUGUUUUCCAACAACGCGCGGUUUAUUGCCUCUAUUUUGCUCGAUUCUAGGGCUAGCGAUUUCGGCUCAAGCACAUCUCUAUCGUCAUGACGAGUCUUUUCAACCUGAUCAUAUUCUCCGGGUGACUGCCCAGAACUAUAGCCAAGCAUGCAUGGACCGAUACUCUGUCUUGGUGAACGGGACCUCCCCUGGACCCGAGUUGCGUCUCCAGGAAGGCAAAGUGAGCUGGAUCCGAGUUUACAAUGAUAUGGAGGAUUCGAAUGUCACAAUGCAUUGGCAUGGUCUGUCCGCAUUCGCCGCGCCCUUCUCCGACGGUACACCCAUGGCCAGUCAAUGGCCGAUUGCCCCUGGCCACUUCUUUGAUGCCGAGGUCCGCCCAGAGAUUGGGUAUGCGGGCACGUAUUUCUACCAUUCACACGUCGGAUUCCAAGCCGUUACUGCAGUAGGCUCACUCGUAGUGGAACCGGCUCAACCUUCACCAUACGAAUAUGACGAAGAGCGCAUAAUUCUUUUGUCGGAUUACUUUGCGAAGACCGAUAAGGAGGUCGAGGAGGGGCUUCUUUCCAGCAAUUUCACAUGGAGUGGAGAGACUGGCGCGGUCUUGGUCAAUGGCCAAGGCAGACUGGCCACCAAUGCUACAGGGGCGUGCAGUCUGGCCGCCAUCGAAGUUGAACCCGGCAAGACGUAUCGUCUACGAUUCAUCGGAGCGACAGCAUUGUCUUUUGUCUCUUUGGCCAUUGAAAACCAUGACGCAUUUGAGAUCAUUGAAGCUGAUGGCCAUUACACCAAGCCGGCAAAAACGGACUAUUUGCAGAUCUCCACUGGCCAGCGGUACAGUGUGCUGUUGAAGACCAAAACUGAGGCCGAGUUGCAAGAAGCAAAGUCUCGCCAGUUUUACUUCCAGCUCACCACACUGGGCCGACCGGCUGUCUUGACGACCUUUGCAGUUUUGGAGUAUCCGUCACCGACCGCGACGGACCUGAAGGCUGUUCCCUCCCCACCUCCCCUGCCUAUCGCGAAUGUUACAUACGGUUGGAUGGAUUACGCUUUGGAGCCCUACUACCCGAACACUGACUUCCCGACUGCUGCGGAGGUCACCCGGCGGAUCAUCAUCAACGUUCAUCAGAACAUCAGCUCUCAUACAGUCUGGCUCCAAAGCGGGUAUGACUGGAUGGAGACAUUCCCCAAAUCACCUUACCUCGUCGAUCUAUAUAAGGGCGAACUGGAUCUGGCGGCCUCAUACCAACGGGCAAUGGAGAGCGGCGAUGGCUUCGACAAUCAAACCCGCCUCUACCCAGCGCAGAUUAAUGAGGUCCUCGAGAUCGUCUGGCAGAACCAAGGUGCUGUCAACAAUGGCGGUCUUGAAAAUCAUCCUUUCCACGGCCACGGCAGGCAUUUCUAUGACAUUGGUGGUGGCGAUGGCUUGUUCGACCCGGUAGAGAACGAGAAGCGCUUGAAUGGAACCCAUCCAGUGGCGCGGGAUACAAGCGUGCUAUACUCCUACCGAAAGAAAACGACGGCUCUGGCGCCGUCCGGGUGGAGGGCUUGGCGUGUGCGGGUGACGAAUGCCGGUGUGUGGAUGAUGCAUUGCCAUAUUCUGCAGCAUAUGGUGAUGGGGAUGCAGACGGUCUUUGCCUUUGGUGACCAGGAGGCUGUCAUGGCACAGUCGGGCUCCAUUGACGGAGGGUAUCUGGUUUAUGGUGGCUCGGCGUACGGGAACUCCACCUAUAACCCCCUUGUUCAGCAUUUCUUCUGA